CGGACGCGAACCUGCGCAAGAGCAUCCCGAAUGCAAAUGUCGAACCCGGAGGCAUGCUCACUGCGUCGCCACGGUUGCGAACUGCGUCGGGUCGCGAUAAUGCAGGAUGCCUGGACGCGGGCGAGACGCGAACGGCGACGCGUGGAGGGAGCGUCCUUGCCAAAGACGGGCGGAAGAUGCGAAUCCGUUCCGCCGGAGGGAGGGCGAAGCCAAAUCUCAGACCGCCAUCGCGCUGCGAGCAGCGGGCGGCGUUGCGUCGAUCUUCUCCUUGCGCAGGAUAUUAAGUCCUGCGAUGGUCGAAGCGAUUUGAUUCGCGAGCCGCAGCGGCAGUGCAGUGCAGUGUAGGUGCAGGCGCAGGCGGGCGAGAGCAAUUGUGCGCUCUGCAAGAAGCAGACGGCAGAUUGGAGGAAGAAUAUAGUGCGGUGGGUGGCUUCCAUUGCUGGUUGUGCACUUCGCAGUAGAAGCCGGCCGAGGGGGCGAGAGCGACGAGGGACGGGUGCCGGGGCGAGGGGCGAGGGCGAGAGACGAGAGAGUAAAGGGGCCGAAGGGUGCAGGCCUGUGCCCAGUGGCGGGAGAGUGCAGGCCGAGCGGCAAGUACUAGUAGUUGCAGCUGAUUGCGACGCUCUCGGAUCUCUGCUACAUGUCUCGACGCUGGGAGCGGGGCCCAGCGCGACCAUCCACCAUAAUCUUGUCUUUCGAAUAGCGACAUCUAGCAUAGUUCUUUGCAGAGCCUCCGCGAACACGUUUCGUUCGAGAUUGGACCGCAGGUCAAGUAGCCAUUCUCGUACUGCAGGUGUUUUGUUAGUAUUUUCCCUCGCACGCUUAUUUGUGUCUCGCACCUGCCCUCGUAUUGAGUCUUCUCGUUGUCAUACAACGAGAGAAAGUGAGGGACGUCCCGAGACCGAGACCGAGACCGAGAGGGGGUGGGGCGCGAGUAGUGAAGAGUCUCAUGUUGCGGUGAGCGAGCUGAUUGUUAUUGAUGUAGUGGUAGUUGGUGUCAUCCGUCGACCGUUUGACGUAGCGAGAGAACGCGAUAGGGAGACAACGAGGAAAAGGUAGAUCACGAAGGGAAUGUAAACGGUGAGGGACAUCACCCUUUUCCCUUCAAAGGAGUAGAAGAAUAUUUUGCAGUUUUGCUUCUUCGGCAGAGCGCAACGAAAUCAGAGUUGAAAUCUGAAAUUUGUUGCACAUAGUCCUCAUUCAAACAAACGGGAAAUCUACAUAUUCGGAGGAAAUCCACGGAGCCGAACUCAGCGUCCAAGCGUGAGAGAGGGCGAGAGUCGUAGCUCGGGGUUUACAAGUAGGGCGCAGUCAUUGAUAAGCAAUAUUUGACAAAGUCCCCCACCAUCGCAGGGAGGAAGCGACGGCGAGAGUCUGCGAUGGCGCGUUCCAAUGAUCCUUUGGUGGUUGGACGAGUCAUCGGAGAUGUGUUGGAAGAGUUCCAACCUUUCGCCGAACUGACAGUCAAAUAUGCUGCACGCCAGGUUAGCAAUGGUUGCGAGUUGAAACCUUCGGCAGUUGCGGAGUCGCCUCUAGUCCAAGUGAUCGAUCGGAAUGAGCCCAAUGCUCUCUUCACACUCGUUGUGACGGAUCCGGACGCCCCUAGUCCUAGCGAACCUUCCGCUAAAGAGUUUCUACACUGGCUCGUCACUGAUAUCCCAUCAGGAGCAGAUGCUAGCGCUGGUCGACAAAUUCUUCCAUACGAGGAGCCCAAGCCGCCAAUUGGCAUCCACAGAUACGUUUUCGCGGUAUUCAAACAGCAGCAGCCGCUGCCUCUCAUAGCGCCUUCCACUCGCAAGAAGUUCAACACCAAGGGGUUUGCCCAGCAGUUCGGUCUCGGCAAGCCUGCGGCUGCAGUAUAUUUCAACUCCCAAAAGGAGACCGGAGCUCGACGGCGCUAGAUCAGGAGGCCAUGAUCGACGGGCUCGUAGGUGGAGUGCAGAUGGAAGUGGGGAUACUCUACGGCCUCCACCUGGAUCAUAUACCAAUUCGCAUCUGAAGUGGUACAUUUGACUUAGGGACGAUUAGGAGGUAGCCUUGGACACUUCCUUUUUCCUUGUAAGAAGUCGGUGUAGUGGUAGUGUGAGCCUAGGAUCGAUCACACCGGGAAGGAAAAAAUGUCAUUUGGGGAUUGGGGAUACGUAGAAGUGGUACCAUGGUUUAGUACAGGUUGUACAGUUUACUGUAGGUAGGUGGUACUGUUUAGCUGCCAGUGUUGUCCUGAAUGUGCACAGAAGGAGCUAGCUUAUCCCCACCCUACAAUUCAUGCAGUCCAUCUUCAAAAGGAAUUCAAACAAUCGAUGGCCAAAUAAAUUAGACAUUGCUUUCUGUACUGGGCAGUGUAGGCGCAGUGAUUGCUCGAAAUCUUUUUUUGGGAUAGGAUUGUUUGUUGAUUGAUGUGCUCUCUCCUCGAAGAGUACCAAUGCCUGAAUGGAAAUUUCUAGGAUACGUCCUUGUUCGUUCAGGUACGUGUGUAUAUCAUAAGUUUCUGAUGGCUUCAAGAACAAUGCUUGAUACUGUUUGAAGGAUGUCGCCCGAUCAUUCAUUUGAUAAUUCACUUCCGG